AUGGAAGAUUACGAGAGCGUCAUUCAUGAAUACAAGAACCAGAUCAAUGUGACAUCUCCAGACCCAUACUUAGCUAGCUUAUUGGAUGACUUCGGAGUCCACUUAUGCGAUCUAUAUGAGUCUACAGGAGAGUUAUCUUAUCUCAAAAGAGCUUUUGAAAUACUGUCGGAGGCUUUCGAAGAAACUCCCCAAGAUGACCAACAUAGGCUUGAGCGACUGGGUAGACUUGCGGAUUUGUUUGAAAAUUACAAGCUUACUCUAACGCCGGAGGCCCUUGACAGAGUCAUUGACAUGUUUCAAAGAAGUAUCGACGCCAUUACGCCAGGCGAUUCGAUCUAUGCUACAAUCAUAAUGCUUUACGAACGCCUCCUACGUUUGAGAUUCUCUAAGAUUGGAGAUGUGGCAGAUAUCGAUAAGGGUAUCAGCAUCAUACGAGACAUUAUUGAUACGACUCCGCCGAACCAUGCAGAUCAACCAAAAUUUGCAUUGAUUCUUCAGAAUUUGUUAAAUGAUAGAUUCAAGUGUGUCGGAGAAACGCCAGACCUAGAUGAGGCUAUUUCUCUUGGCCAAUAUCUCGUCAAUGAUGCCCCUCUGAGCCAACCAGAGAGGGCCACGCGCUUAAGUUGCCUAGCGGAGAAUUUCGACAAUCGAUAUUCCAGCACUGGAGAUAUAGUCGAUCUUAAUGAAGCCAUUUCUUUAGCUCGCGACGCUCAUGACAUUGCCCCUUUGGCCGAUCUAGUCCGAAUUGGGCUACAGAACGGGAGAUACCUAUUCCGCAGACAUUAUCGCCAUCUUCAAAAUUUCAACUUCAUGACGGAAGAAAAGGCAGAUCUCGACGAAGCUAUUCAUAUGGUUUUCAAGACUAUCGAAAAUUGCGCCAUAGGCACUAAGAAUUGGAAACACGCAUUACGUGACCUCGGAAGUUAUCUAAGUAUAAUAUGCAUUACGCCCACAACAUUAGCAGAUGCCAACUUUGCUGUUGUUAUGAUACGAGACAUCAUGGCUUUUUUCCAAGUCGACGAGCCAAUGCAUGCCAUUUUGCUAGGCUACCUCUUGGUAUGCUUGAGAGCCAGAUACAUACAUACUCGUGAGACAGCAGAUCUAGACGAAGCAAUUUAUGCAAUUCGAGAGGCUCUUAACGUUGCUUCGCUGGACGAUCAAUUUCGGAGCAUAGCAAUCAGUUUCUAUGCAGAUUGUUUACUUCAGAGAUGCUCUAAUACUGGAGCACUGUCGGAUGUCGAGGAAUCGAUCCUUCUAAUGCGAGAGGCCAUUGACUCUCUUCAGACGGACGGUCUAUUUCGAAUAGAUGCGUUACAGAGGCUUGGGGACUGUUACUACCUUAGGUACGACCACACUCGUGCUGCAAUAUAUCUGGAAGAGGCUAUUCGUAUAUCUCGACACGUUAUUGAUCUCACCCCAACAAGACUGCGAUUCUUACCACUGAAUGAUCUCGCGGGUCGCUUGCAUAAAAAAUAUCAACUUACUGGCGCAAUCUCAUACAUCAAUGAAUCCAUUCUUCUGAAGCGAGAGGCUAUUGCUUGUCCCUCACUAGAUUUUGCCCAUCGGUCGCGCCUUCUAGGCGGCAUUGGUGAGCUUCUACUGGAGAGAUUUCGGCGUACGAAAGCGAUGGAAGAUUUGAAUGAAGCAAUUAGCCUGAGUCAAGAAGCCCUCGAAGCUACGUGGUCAGAUUCCCGUGAACGGGCUAGCCAAUUAGCCAUCUUUGCGGAAAUUUUAGUCGAGAGGUUCCACCAAUCUAAAGAAUUAGCAGAUCUAAUGGAAGCUAUACUUUUAUUACAAGAAGCAUUAAGUAUUGUUUCACUGGACGAUCCGAUUCGGAAUCAAUUGGUGAUUGAUCUUGGGAGAGCACAUGGUAUGAAAUACUACAAUACUCGAAUGAAGUCAGACUUGGAAGACGCUAUUCAGAUGACUCAGCGCGUCAUUGACAUGAUUCCGCAAAACCAUCCAGAAAGAGCCAAUUACUCAAUCACUCUGGGAAUGUAUUUCAAUUUCAGAUCAAAUGCUGCUGAAGCCACAUCAGAGACCAUGGAAUCCUUGCUAGCCUUGCUCUCGGCUGAUCCUGCAGCCUUCUCCUCAGUACUGCUUAACUCAGGGCUAUUGAAUGAUUUUGAAAAUUUUCUAGACAAUCGAUACAUUCAUACCGAAGCUGAAGUCAUGGCAGACAUGGAAAAGGCUCAGAAAUGUUAUUUGGAUGCCCUAUACCAUGUCUCGGCUGGAAUCCAAAACCGUUUGAGAGCUGGGGUAACGGUACUACGCUUACGUCGUAUUGUCAAUUAUCACAAAGCAUACGAUGUCGCCAAAUAUACAGUUGACUUAAUUCCAUCAUUAAUGUCUCAUUCACUUAAAAACUCGGAUAAACAAAAUAUGCUCGCCACAGCCGUUGGAGUAUCAUCGGAUGCAGCAGCUAUUGCUCUUCAUGCACUUCCCGCCAAUCGAGGGCCUCUUGCCGCUGUCGAAUGCCUUGAGACAGGCCGUGGUCUGAUUGGAAAGGCCCUUUUUGAGCAAUAUGAAAUCUUUACUCUGCAGAAGCACAAUCCCGACCUAGCAGAUACUCUGCAUGUAUUGAAAGAUCGAUUUGAUAAGCCAGAUAUGGGCCGUCUUUCCGCAUCAUAUAGCGCUGUAAUGGAUAUUGAAGCUGAAGCGAACAGGCGUCGCGAGAUUGAACAAGACUAUUCUAAUCUUCUCCAAAAAAUCCGCUUAGAAAAUGGCUUUCAACGCUUCCUGCUUCCCGCAUCGGAGUCUGAUAUGUUACACGCGGCAGCAUGCGGUGGUCCGAUUGUUAUUCUGAAUCUGAGUCGCCAUCGCUGCGAUGCUUUGAUCGUCAAACAGUCAGGCUUCGAAGAGCUAGCGCUCCCGCCCCUCCUCUCCGAGAUUGAUAGACACUCUACAGAUAUUGAGUCCAUCGAGACUCUUUCCUGGCUCUGGGAGGAUAUCGUGUGUCCUGUGCUUAACGCUCUGGGUUUCACUGAGCGCCCAUUGGAUGAGAAAUGGCCACACGUAUGGUGGAUACCGACAGGCAAAUUGACAAAAUUUCCUCUACACGCAGCUGGGCAUCACCUGAGACACAGUGGAGAGACGACGCUUGAUAGAGUUGUCUCAUCAUAUGCUGCGUCUGUUAAAUCAAUCAUCCAUACACGUCGACGUGGAGGUCUGAAAGCACUAGAAUCUAUAGAUCUUCUCGCGGUCGCCAUGGAACACACAGAGGGACAUACACCACUUGUACAUGCAAGUCGCGAGAUCGAUGCCGUAGUGAAUGUAUUGAAAUCAAGGGACGUGAAGUACAAUCGGCCACAAGAAUAUAAAGCCAACGUCUUAUCAGCCAUGGGAAAUUGUCAGAUUUUCCAUUUUGCUGGCCAUGGUGAGGCACAUCCCACAGAUCCACUACAAAGCUCAUUGCUACUGAGGGACUGGCAGGAUGAGCCUCUCACAGUUGGAAGUCUGUUAGAGACCAAUCUCAGUUCAAAUCCUCCCUUUCUCGCAUAUCUAUCGGCUUGUGGAACUGGCCAGAUCCUUGAUGACAAAUCUAUAGACGAGAACAUCCAUCUAGCUAAUGCGUUCCAGCUCGCUGGGUUCCGUCAUGUUAUAGGGACUCUCUGGAGUGUUGAUGAUGAGGUAUGUGUGGAGAUUGCCCACAUGACGUAUAGCUCUUUUAGUAAAGGCUUGCACGAUGACGUGGUGAGUCAGGGACUUCAUGAUGCUAUCAGAACGCUUCGGGACCGAUGGGUCAAUAUGGCAGAUAAAUGGGCUGAAAAAGAGAGUCGAGCGGUGGAUGAACUAAGAGAAGGCCGUCCUGCUCGACUAGAUGAUUGUGAAGAGUUAGGACGACCGUUUUGGAUCCCAUAUGUUCAUUACGGAGUGUGA